GUCGCUAUGAUAAACAGGAUAUGAUUUCUGAGCCUAUUGAAUAAGAUGAAAUAUCAUCAGGCCUAUCUAAUGUAAAUGGUGUCACACAUUGUGUCUUACUGGCACAUUGUUUCACUUUUCCUGGUCAUUUCAUUUUUAACAGCAAGUUCUUUUCCCGACAUCCUCACACUGAGAUGUCCGAUUGCUGUUAACCGUAGGCUAAAUGCAUGCUUUGCACCCACUUCAAAUGAAUGCAUUGACCCACCUCCACUCUACCUCUCCGAAUAAAACGUCACGGCAACACGAGGCAGAGUGCAGAACAGGCGACUAUGUUUCAGCGAGUGGGUCGUGCCGAUAGACUAUGCAAAGUACAUAGUAAAAGUCAGGCAACGUGAAUACUUUACACAUUAACUGUUCCGACGUAGUCUGCAUAUCUUUCAGAUAGGCUACACGAUAAAUACUGUGUCGUUCCAUGGUAUUCCAGCUGUUUUAACUAGAUUUUAGACAGAACAACGGAAUCGUGAGCCCAGGAUCCCAUCCGAUCAUUUACCUGGGAUCCUUAGGGUUCAGUUCCCAGCCUCUCAGCAGCCAUGUCUCUGGGGCGACCCCUGCAACUCAUGCGCUCCCUGAGGAAAUCGCCCGCCAUUUUCCAUCACCGCUUCCGCCAUGAUCGCACCCAGUCGCUAUCACACGGCGACCCCCUCUUCAAGGUGCACUAUCUGGGCACUGAGAAGAUCUUCUCCCUGGACCUGGAGCAGGCCGAGGCCGCCAUCUCCCAUGUGCUGGAGCGAUCUCCGGCUUCGGAGAAGCUGGGCAAGGAGCACGCCUUGGUCGUGCGGCCUCGUUACGUAGAGGUGAAGGAGAUCGCCACAGGGCGGCAGCUCACCAAGACCUACCUCCGGGACAUCGCUUACUGUGCGGCGGACGCAAAGAGGCCAAAUGUGUUCCUCUACAUAUGCAAGCAGCAGGGUCAGCAGCUCCAGUGCCGUGUGUUUUGGUGCAGCCGUCCAGAGAAGGUCAAGGACAUGACAAACUGUUUGGCCCGUUCUUUUCAGAGAGCACUGACCGACUGGCAGGAGACUGGCAGUAGUCGCACACAAGGAGAAGACAAGGCGAAAGAGGGGAGGCCACUUUUAAACAAUGGCAAGGCUAAGAGCUGCACAAUGCCACCAGAUCUCAGGAAAGGUCGCUCCACAAGAAGGACUUUAAGCUCUCGCAGUCCGCUGAGAGAGAUGAUGAGGAGGACAAGUAUCAGUGACUGAUGGGGGCUUCAAAAGGCCUCCCAUACACCCAUAACAAAACCAAACAGGAGGCCCACUCCUUAGUGCACAGACUUGCCACUCCCUGGCUGUUGUGUGUAUCUAGUGGCACCUGUUCUAAAUAUGAUGAAACAUUGCGGUUAGUGCUGUGCAUUAACACUUUCCUACAAUCUGGCUGGAGAGAUUGGAUGACUAAAGAUCUGACUAAAGAUUAAAGUUUUUGUUCAGUCAGUGGGUCUUUCCAAUGAGGUCACUGCAUUCAGAUAUCAGGACUAAAUUCAAACUUGUUUUGAUCGGGAAAUGUGUUCACUCUCAAGAUCUUCAUGCAUGUUCUGAGUUCGCUGUCCAGAUGGUGCUAGUUGGUUGGUUAACAGAACACAGUCUAUUCUACAAUGCUAUGUAUUCUCGCCUGUUGAAAGAAUGUUUUGAGAAGUAACAUGAGAAGUAUGGCAUGUCAUUGUCUUAAAACUUUAUAAAAAUCUAGUUACAUGUCUUAUACCACUCAUUUGUACAGAUGUGACAGCACUGAAAAGUUUGGAGGAGCACUAGUUUUGAUAUGCAACAUUGUGUAUGCAUUUGUAUGGUCUCAUCACUUGCCUCUUUUACCUCAAAAGGGAAAGAAAUCAUGUUCUCAAAGCCAAAGAAAAUGGUCAAUUCUGGUCUACAGAAACAUAUGUGUGUUACAUUUUUCUUUUCAUUGCCAUGCAAGUUGCCAGAAUGUUCUUUGGAGAAAUGUCAGCGCUUAAAAGUUAAUAAUGUUUUCAGAACAUGUUGCCAUUUUUACAAAGCUUUGUUUAAUGCAUUUUACAAUUCUGUUUCAUAUUUUCUGUGUCUCUAUAAACAAAGUUAAAUAAGUGGUUA